AUGAAGGAGGACCUACUACUUGUGUCCUCAUGGCUGAACGUGAGCAUGGAUCCCGUGGUGGGGAGCAACCAGAGUUUAGGGGAUUUCUGGCAGAGGAUCGAGACAUACUUCCACGACAACAAAUACUUCCCUUCUACCCGCAAUAAGAAGUCGUUGCAGGAGAGGUGGACGUUCAUCAACUGUUUGGUGCAGAAGUUUUGCGGCCACUAUGCUAGGGCCUUGCGUUCUAGGAGGAGUGGGACCACCGAGGGCGAGACCGCAUGCAAGAUGUUCCAGGCCGUCGAGCACAAAGAGUUCACGUUGCUGCCUUGUUGGAGGGAGUUGCGGCAUCAUCCCAAGUGGCAAUCGGAGUCCUCGCACAAGAAGCAAAAGACCGCCGCCGCUGGCAGCCCCGCCUCAACGCAGCACGUUGAGUCUUAUCCCGGAGCAGAAGCUAGGGAUACCCCUGCUUUGAUUGUCAGUCCACGUCCUAAACGGCCACCUGGCCGCACUGGCUCGAAGGAGGUUGCCCACGGUUCUUCCUCGUCGAACUCAGCUUCUGCUCCCAUGAAGGAGAUAUUUGACCGCCAGUUCUCAUUGAAAGAAAGGAUUGAGAAGGAUAGGGUGGAGAGGUUUGCUGAGAUGAUGAAUAUGGAGUGUCAGAGGCUCAGGCUCGAGGAGGAGCAUAUGCAAAUGGAAAAGGUAAAGGAGGAGAUGCUCAUAAUGAACAUGGAUCUUUCCCAAAUGGAUGAGGACCAGAAGGCAUACUACAAAAGCCUCAGGCCGAGCAUUAUUGCAGCUAGGCGUGCCACUUCUGGGCCAUCCGUCUAA